UAGGGUCUAUUUUGACAUGACGUGUCCCUGUGUUUUUUUGGAGUGAAAGAUCUCGACAAUAACAUAGGGUAAAUUUGCUUCCGAAAAUUGAUAUUUAAUGCAAGCCAUCUUAAACAAACAAGACAUAAUUUAGAUGAUAAUUUUUUAACCAUGAAUGAGCAAAAAGAAAACACUCCACCGCUCCUUCUUUUCCCCCCGAGUAAUACUACUACCCUAGGCCCAGAUGCGCUGAGACCGGUACCAGCAGCCACCGCCUCUCUAUUCCCUGCAGAAGAUGGUGAGGCGGAUAGCUUCUUGGGUCAAAGCGAAUUUGAUUCAGAACCUAACCAGUCAACUUCAAUGUUAUUCCAAUCAAAUGUCCCACCCCCUCAAGAUCCUUUUUUAAAUAAGUCACAGUCAUCCCCCUCAGUUGGCAGUACAGCAUCACUAUUUGGACCAGCAAAUACACAGGCCCAAAGCCAGCAGCUAUUUUCUUCUCCUAGCAUAUCACCAGGUUUACCUCCGCAAACUGCACUAAGCCAUGAUGCCUAUGUUCAACAGCCGCUACAACCGCCUCAAAUGCCAACUUUGCCAGUUUCUGCUGGUCCCCCACCUGGGCAACCACCACCAUCUGGCUUUAAUAUGAGAGGCUACCAGCAUAAACCAAUGCCACAUCCAGUUAGUGGCGGUCCUCCACCACAAAUGGCACAACUACCACAGACAAAUAUUGGUCCACCUCCAACAGAGUUAGGGCAACAGGCUGGAGUAGUUAAUUAUCAAAUGCCGCAGUUUGAUGCAAGUAGACCGCCCCCAACAGUAGCAGAAGUCCAGCAACUGCAAGUUGCCGCUCGGCCACAACCUGCAAUAUUUAAUCCUGUUUACCAGCCAGUACAGCCUCACUGGUUUUAUUGCAAAGAAGUGGAAAACAAACAAGUUUGGAAGCCAUUCAGCUUUAAAGAUUCCUACACUUUAGAAGAAACCUACAACUCUGUGCAACCAGACCCUGAGAAAUGUUACAUUAGCACUGAUGGUGGUCGAUAUGAUGUCAAUCUAUCAAAUCGAAGCAGGCAAUCUAUUUAUUGGGAAGAGAGUCUGUCUCAAGUACGACGUUGCACAUGGUUCUACAAAGCCGAAGGCGAGAACAGAUUUAUUCCGUACGAAGAAUCACUUGCAGACUACCUAGAAAUGGAAUUUAAAAACUCUGCUUUAGAAAACACAUGGAACAGGAGGAUUGAACUAGAAAAUGGCGAAACGGUUGUAAUGCACAACUCCAACGUAAUAGUUCACUUCAGACCAUCGGGGUUGAUGGAUGAAUGGGGUACAGCCUCUGAUGGACAGAUGCGCCCUCGUGUUGUCAAACGUGGGGUUGAUAACAUCGAUGAAAUUCUUGAUGGGGAACCAGCAAAAGUUGAUCAUCUUUUAUUUGUUGUUCAUGGUAUUGGUCCGGUGUGUGAUUUACGCUUCAGAAGCAUUUAUGAAUGUGUUGAUGACUUUAGAGCUGUAUCACUUAAGUUACUGAAUUCACAUUUUAAGCAUGCCCAGGAUGAUGGGCGGAUGGGGCGAGUAGAGUUCCUUCCAGUGUAUUGGUACGAUGCUCUUCAUGGUGAUGCGACGGGUGUUGAUAGACUUCUGAGGCAAAUUACAUUACCAAGUAUUGGCCGUCUAAGGCACUUCACCAAUGACACCCUUCUAGACAUCUUAUUUUACUCUAGUCCAACCUAUUCACAAAAGAUUGCUGAUGUUGUAGGUGGUGAAAUAAAUAGACUAUAUAAUCUGUUCAUGUCAAGAAAUCCGUCUUUUGAAGGGGAAGUGUCGGUGGUUGGACAUAGUUUAGGUUCGUUGAUAAUGUUUGACCUGUUGUCACAUCAGCGAAAUCCAAAUGACCCGGUCGUCAAACCGUCAGAAAGCACAUCACAGUUAACAACGCCACCAGAGCUAAACAGUUCCUCCGGAAGCUUGAAUGCACUAUUAACCGAUGAAGCAGCAGAAAAGAGCAAGCCUAAAGAGGAGAUCACUUUAGAGGCAACAUUCCAGAAACUUGAAUUAACGGAAUACUUACAAAAAUUUGUUGAUGAAAAAAUGGACAUGGAAUCUUUAAUGUUAUGUGAAGAUGCAGACAUUAAGGAAAUGGGGUUACCAAUGGGACCUAGGAAGAAGUUGAGAGGUCAUCUAAAACAUCUGUCAAUGGCAAAGGAAAAGCAAGACCGAGAAGCAGAAAUUGAGGCACGGAUUGCGAAGGAGCGACAAGCUUUAGUGGAAGAACAUCAGCGAUCCAUUCAGGAAAACCUCAAUAGUUCAGUGAUGGAUGCAUCUACUACUUCAAUCAAUGUCAACUUUGAACCUGGACAACAUGGUGUUGGCCAGCCUGUUGUAAAAUACCCUGACUUGGAGUUUAGUCCAGUGAAUUUCUUCGCAUUAGGGUCACCAAUAGGAAUGUUUUUGACUGUUAGAGGAUGUGAUGCUAUCGGGGAAAAAUACCAGCUUCCUACAUGUCCAGGAUUGUACAAUAUAUUUCAUCCUUUUGACCCAGUAGCAUACCGAAUUGAACCUCUUGUUAAUGAGACAAUGAAGUCUGUGAAACCUGUGCUAAUGCCACAUCACAAGGGGAGAAAACGAUUCCAUCUUGAGAUUAAAGAAAGUUUGGCUGCUUUUGGCUCUGAUUUGAAACGAGGUUUUAUCGAGUCGAUGCGAAAGACAUGGAAAACAAUCCACGAGUUUGCACAGGCUCAUCGCACCACUGAGGCGCCCUCAGUCACAGACGAGGAAAUGGAAGCUGUAGCUGAGAAACUAACUCAAGAAGAGCUUCAACAUCGUGAACAAAGUCCUGAGCAAGAUGGAUCUGCCAUUGAAGUUAAAGUUGGUCAAUUAAAUAAUGGAAAACGAAUUGAUUAUGUAUUACAAGAAACACCAUUUGAAAGUUUCAACGAAUACCUGUUCGCUCUAAGCAGUCAUGCAUGCUAUUGGGAAUCGGAAGACACAGCUUUACUAAUGUUGAAGGAGAUAUAUGCGAAAUGUGGAAUAUUCCCAAUCCAGGUGGGAAGACCAGAUUCUGCACCGCCAACUCCACGAGUAAUAUGAGUUAAAAGAAAUAAAAAUACAUGCUAUCUAACACAAGGGUUCUAUGCUACAUCUGAUAAAAUGCAAUGAAUGUGUCUAAGGUGAUCUUGCUAAUGCUAUGCUGCAGUGUUCUUAUAAAAAUGAAAAUAUUUAAGCAGCAACAAACUGAUGCUACCAGAGUAUACUUUGUAGUCUUAGGCAACAUGAUGUCAGGUGUUUCAUACUUCAUUGAUUGCUUAUCGCAUGCUAUACAGGUGUGGAUCCAUUAAGGGGGCACGUUCUCCCGUUUUGCCACUAAAUUUUAAAAUGUCAAUGCAUGUCAUGUAUUGAAAUAAGCGCUGCUCACUUAUCUCUUCUGAAAAUGUUGUUUUACCCCCGUUCUAAAAAUUAUGGAUCUGCCCCUGCUGUAGAAACCCAUUUCACUCACUCAUACAUACCCACAUACACCUUUAAUGUUGUAGUUGUCAACUUUAUGUGCUGUUAUUUUUUUUUUUUAAAGAUAAUGUUAAGUGCUUUAUAUUUGAUUAUUAAGAGUUAUCAACUAAUUAAUUUAUGUUAUGAAGUUACACUAUUAAUAAAUGAUAAUCAAGCACUGUGCAUUGAUCGAUUAAUUUGACAUUGCAAAUAGGCAGAGGAUGAUUGUAAAAUAUUUUUUUUGCUUUUAAUGAGUUCAGUUCCUACCCUAUAUGUAUUCUGAUAUUGGCAUGAUAGGUCUCAAACACUAUUAAGAUUGAUGCUUAUAAAACAUACAUGUAUUUUUUUUUUUGUUUCUUCAGCCAAAGAUGAAGUACUAUUCAGUUUCUAUAGGUGCUGUAAUUGAAAGCCAUUCAAUUAACAUUUUUCAAGUAGUGAUUGGAAAAAUUGUUAUCUUAGAAACCAUUAGUGCAUAUAUUUUAAUUGAGGAUAGGUUUAUGAGAGGGGUUAGGCUAUUUAAUUAACAGAUGGGAAAUGGUGUAAAAACUGCCAAAUUUUAUUUUUUCAAUAUGUAUACACCAAUAUAUUCUUAAUAUAUUGCUUAAUAACUUCUAAAUAUUAGUAUAGUAAAAGCAAACUUCUUCCUCUAUUGCUGCACCCCUUAACAUCCCAUUGUUAAAAAGCCUUUCUUGAACUUUUAUUUGUGACUCUUUUCAGCAUAGCUGGUUAUAUAGAAUCCCUCUUUUAAUUAAUGUAAUACAAUGAUUAUUAUAUUCCUUAUAACUAUAUUGAUUGCUAUGUUACAUUUUGUUGUUGUUGUUUUUUUUUAAAAUUAAGAACGGACACUAAAAUUAGUGUGCAGUAUUUAAAUUGUAUACUUUCUGCACAAUAAUCAAUUUGAAUUUUGAUUCUUGUAAAAAAAUGCAUAUUAAAUAUUCAAUCACAUGUCCACUACAGGAACACAAUAAAAUAUAUUGU